AUGGCGGGGUACUCGUCGCUCAAGGUCCCCGAGCUCAAGAAGCUCUUGGCCGAGAAGAACCUUCCCCAGACGGGCAACAAGGCCGAUUUGAUUGCCCGCCUACAGGAAGCCGAUCAGAAUGAGGCACCCGCCGAAGCCGACAAGUCCGGCAAGGCAGAGAAAGAGGACGAAAUAAGCUACACCGACGACGAGGAGACCGCGCCGCCCGCUGCGCCCAAACCCGCCGCCGAGUCCGAACCCGUCGAGCAAACGGAGCAGGCUGCCGCGCCUGCCGUCGCCACUGAGACUGCUGCCGAGCCCGCCGACAAGGCGACCGAAGAGAAACCCGAGGCUCCCGCUCAGUCGUUUGCUAUCGGGCUUUCCGCGACCGCCGCCGAUGAGGAGGCCAAGAAGCGCGCAGACCGGGCCAAGCGCUUCGGCCUCGAGGAGGACGAUGCUGCUAAGAAGCGUGCCGAGCGAGCCAAGCGCUUCGGUCUCGACGACAAGGAGCUCACCGGCCUCGACUCGGCUCUCCCCGAGCGGCCCCUCAAGCGUGGCCGAGCCCGUGAGGGAGACGAAAGCGCCGGCCGCGGCGCCAAGCGCCAGAGCCUGGACCGCCGUGGCGACCGUCAAGGACGGGGCCGGCACAAUGGACAGGGCGACCGUCGGCGCGCCGGUAGCAGCGGCCCGGCCAAAAAGGGCUCUAUCCUCGACGAUCCAACCGAACGAGAGAAGGCCGCCAAGCGUGCGGCUCGGUUCGCCGCCGCUUAG